CGCAUCCUCAGACCGGGCAUUAUUUGCACGUCUGACGGUGGCAGUAGCAGAAUCAAAAUCUCUCGUACAGGACGUCAAGACAGGGGCAAUCAUGGUCUCGUCCGCAACCGAGAGGACGCCUUUGCUUGCUGAGGAGGCGCCCGGUGUUGCUCCGCCUCUUAUCGAGUCGGACUCUACCGAUGAGGUGGCCACUCGUACGGUACCCAACGGUACAGACACUGAAAAUGGGGCCCCAGCUAAGCCCCAGGUGUCUUUGAUCGCGGUGAUGGCACCGAUGAUCCUGGGUGUCUUUCUGGUUGCGAUGGAUGUGACGAUCGUCACUUCCACAUAUGCGUCUAUCGGUAGCCAGUUCGAACAGCUGCAAAACACGAGUUGGAUCGCGACUGGCUACAUGCUAUCUCUAACAAGUUUCCAGCCCCUCUAUGGCAAGCUCAGCGACAUCUUCGGGAGAAAGGCCUGUCUCAUCUUCGCGUAUACAAUUUUCGCCCUCGGAUGUCUAUUCUGUGGCCUAGCGCGGAAUAUGACCGAGCUUAUCGCAGCUCGCGCACUUGCAGGAAUUGGCGGAGGCGGUAUGACGACCGUCGCUUCCAUAGUAAUGUCCGAUAUCGCGCCAUUGCGGCAGCGAGGGACACUGCAAGGUUUCAUGAACAUCGCAUUUGCAGCGGGCCAGGCCACAGGUGCCCCUCUUGGCGGCUUCUUGGCCGACAGCAUUGGCUGGAGAUGGGCAUUCCUCAUCCAAGUCCCCAUGACCACUCUCGCGAUCCUCUCGGUUGCGUUCGGCUUGCAGCUCCCUCGCUCCUCCACCGGGCACGUCCGGGAGAAGCUCGCGCGCAUCGACUUUGCGGGCGCCGCCAUGCUCGUCCUCUCCGUCUUUACCCUCCUACUCGGGCUCGACCGCGGAGGUAACGUUGCGUGGGCCGAUCGGUUCACCGCCGCGGCGCUCGCUGCCUCUGCCAUCUUCAUUCUCGCGUUCGCGGCCGUCGAGCUGCGCUGGGCACGCGAGCCGUUCGCCCCCAAGCGCAUCAUCGCGAACCGCGCGCUGCUCGCGUCCUACCUAUGCAACCUCUUCUCGAGUGCGGCCGCGAUCACGCUCGUCUUUCAUAUUUCGCUGUACCUGCAGGCCGUGCGCGGCGCGAGCGCGUCGGAUGUCGGGCUCAUCUUACUCCCGACGAUCUUUGGGGGUGUGGCGGGCAGUCUGGCGACGGGUCUCAUCAUGCAGAGCACGGGACAGUACUAUGUGCUCACAAUUGCGGUGUUCACGCUCAUGCUGAUCGGGAACACCACCGUCGCGCUCGUGACGGGAGCGGCGAGGUACUCCCUCCUCGGGCUCAUCAUCGGGUCCGCCUCAAAUAACAUCGGCUACGGCUCAGGCAUCACGAGCACGCUCGUCUCGCUCAUCGCGAACGCAGGACCCGAAGACCAGGCGAUCGCGACCGCAGUCUCCUACCUCUUCCGCUCGCUCGGCUCCGUUAUCGGCCUCUCGGUCGGGACGACGCUCACCCAGGACUUCCUGCGCAAGAGCCUCCGUGCACGUCUCUCCGGCGGGAACGUCGACGAGAUCGUCAGGCGGGUGCGCGAGUCGCUGGAGUAUUUGGAGCAGCUCGAGCCCGCGGUGCGCGAGAAGGUUAUCCGUGCGUACGAGGACGGGCUGCAGGCCGCAUUCUGGUUCACGGUCGCGCUCUCAGCGAUCACUGUCGUGGUGUCGUUCUUCAUCAAGGAGAAGCAGCUGGGGGGAUGAAGACGCCCUAUGGCCCUUUAGAGUGUCGGUGGAGGUGCGCUGUACAUAUAUAGACGGUGCUCACCCACCUUUAAG